GGGAAACACCCGUGGAGCGGUCCAUGUUUAAAGUCAUCACUCCCGUUUUCACAGCGUAGCCGGCGGUUAGCACGCCGCUUUAUAUGCUUGUAAUUGGUCGAAUCCAACAAAUGUAAUUAAUUUAUUCGGUUAUUUCAAUAUUGGAAACCUUAAAUCUGAGGAAGAUGCAGGAUGACGCGCGGUACCUGAAACGCAAAGUGACUGCGGGCAGUUUGGAUGUCCACCCGACAGAGAAGGCCCUGGUGGUCCACUAUGAGGUGGAAGCGUCCAUCCUGGGAGAGAGUGGAGGUCAUAUGCUGGGCGAACGCAAGGAGGGACAGAAGAUCAUCCGUGUGAAAAGUCUUUCUCCCAGUACAGAUGUGGGAGCUUUGGCCAAGAAAGUAGUGGAGGAGUGUAAACUCAUCCCUCCGUCCCGUUUGCCUCAAGUGGAGCAGCUCCUCUACUACCUUCAGAACAGGAAAUCCUCCCCUGUGGAAGGAAAAGUGGAAAAGAAAGAGAAAAGAACAGUAAAGCCCAGAGAGCUGACACCGUUUGAAGGAAUGGAGUUAAACGAAGAAGCCAGUAUCACCAGAGUGGACGAGUACGUUGAGCUGCUCUAUGAAGGCAUCCCAGAGAAGAUCAGAGGCUCUGCUCUCAUUCUGCAGCUCGCCCGCAACCCUGAUAACCUGGAGGAGCUGCUGCACAACGAGGCAGCUUUAGGUGCUUUGGCCAGAGUCCUGAGGGAGGACUGGAAGCAGAGUGUAGAACUGGCUACCAUCAUUAUUUACAUCUUCUUCUGCUUCUCCAGUUUCUCCCAGUUUCACGGCGUGGUGAGCCACUAUAAAAUCGGUGCGUUGUGUAUGAGCGUGGUGGAACACGAGCUGAAGAGGCACGAUGUGUGGCGGGAGGAGCUCCGCAAGAAGAACAAGGCUUGUGAGUCGGCACCAGAGAACGGCUCUCUGAGAAGAGACCAGGACAAAGCUAUGAGGAAAUACCAAGCUCUUCUCGCUAAGCAGGAGCAGCUCCUCAGAGUGUCUCUUUACCUCUUGCUGAACCUCGCCGAGGACACGAGGACGGAGCUGAAGAUGAGGAAUAAAAACAUCGUUGGUCUGCUGGUCAAAGUUCUGGAACGGGAUGACGAGGAGCUGCUGGUUCUGGUGGUUUCAUUCCUCAAAAAGCUUUCCAUCUUCCUGGAGAACAAGAAUGACAUGGCUGAGGUGGACACUGUGGAGCGACUGGCUCGUCUGGUUCCCUGCGACCAUGAAGACUUGUUAAACUUGACCCUGCGUCUGCUCCUCAACCUCUCCUUCGACUCUGGACUCAGGGGCAAGAUGGUGGAAGUUGGACUGUUGCCUAAACUGACUGCAAUGCUGAGCGAUGAGAGCCACCGGCAGGUCGCCAUGCGCAUCCUGUAUCACAUCAGCAUCGACGACCGUUUCAAGGGCAUGUUUGUUUACACCGACUGCAUCCCUCAGUUAAUGCGGAUGCUGUAUGAACACGGUGAGGAGGAAAUCGAAGCAGAACUCAUCUCCAUCUGCAUCAACCUGGCUGCAAACAAGAGGAAUGCACAACUCAUGUGUGAAGGAAAUGGACUGAAGAUGCUCAUGAAGAGAGCUCUGAAGAUGAAAGACUGUCUUCUGAUGAAGAUGAUUAGAAACAUUUCACAGCAUGACGGACUAACAAAGCCGCUGUUCUUAGACUACGUUGGAGACCUGGCAGCAGAGAUCCGUGCAGAGGAAGAGGAGGAGUGGGUUCUGGAGUGUCUGGGCACUCUGGCUAAUCUCACCAUCGCUGACCUGGACUGGGAGCUGGUGCUGAAGGAGUACAACCUGGUGCCUUACCUCAAAGACAGACUCAAACCAGGCUCAGCAGAAGACGACCUCAUCCUGGAGGUGGUGAUCAUGAUCGGAACAGUCUCCAUGGAUGACGCCUGCGCCGCCAUGUUGGCUAAAUCUGGAAUUAUCCCAGCCCUUAUUGAGCUGCUGAAUGUCCAGCAGGAGGACGAUGAGUUUGUGUGUCAGAUCGUCUACGUCUUCUACCAGAUGGUGUUUCAUCAGGCGACGCGAGACGUCAUCAUCAAAGACACGCAGGCUCCGGCCUACCUGAUAGACCUGAUGCACGACAAGAAUGCUGAGAUCAGAAAAGUGUGCGACAACACCCUCGAUAUUAUCGCUGAGUACGAUGAGGAGUGGGGGAGGAAGAUCCAGUCGGAGAAGUUCCGUUUCCAUAACAACCAGUGGCUGGAGAUGGUCGAGAGUCGCCAAGCCGAUGACUCUGAACCGUAUCUCUAUGACAACGACAACGACAGGACUGAUCUGUUCUACAGUGCAGAUGGAAUAACUCCAGGAGACGGAUCGGUCAGCCCAGAUUUCUUCGGUGAUCUGCAGCCUCAGAAUGGAGAUUUGCACCAUGUGGGAGAUCCAGGCGACGUCUUCGACCAGACCAGCUCCUCUCCUGGACGACCGGCCACCGCCUACGGCUUCAGACCCGAUGAGCAGCCCUUCUAUCAGUACUCAUAGACACACACAUCCUGUCUUCUUAGAUCCACUCCUCUACACCUUCCUGCAUGUCCGAGUCAUUUCACCGCUCCACUCCCUUUAUCACAACUGAACUGUUGUAGUUACUCAGACAGAUGUUGACAGGACUGACACACAAACACUGCAGAUGUUAGACUUGGAUUAACUGCAGUUUCAUGCAGUCACUUUUAAUUUAGGCCUUUUAUUCAUUCACCAUUAUCUCAGUCUUCUUUGCCUCAGUCUUCUUCUAGUCUGCAAAUACUUUCAAGAAUGUAAACACACUUGACAUUUCUGAUGAUAUAGUGUUGAUUUUGCCUGCUUUUCUUAAUGUACCAUUUUGGAUCCACUAAAAAAACACAUUCCACUUUAUUGUUGAAUUAUCUGAGAUCCACCAAUUUGGUAUCUCCACCUCUGUCAGUGUACAAACCUUUGUUUUUGGUCUGUGUCACUGUAAAAUGGACCCACUGUUACAUCUUAAGGUGCUUUCACACCCAUAGGUCAGUCCAGAAACUGGAUACAGAUCAUAAUUAAUUCUUCUUCUUGCAGCCUUUCUCAUCGUCCUCCAGUAUGCUGGUGGGCUUCAAAGUCAGAGUGGUUUAGUGUUACACAAACGGAAGCAGAGAUGGGGCCUUUUCAUUCAACAGCUGUAUAAUAAAACAGUAGCUGGGUUUCCAUUACAGUUUUUCGCCAGGUACGUCACGUCCGAUGACGUAUACCGGGCUUUGCAAAAGUUCUGUUACACGGUUUCAUGAUCUUUAGAGACGUUUACAUGUUGGAGUGAAAAAUUCCAUUAAACAAACU